GAAUAUUUACCAACCAACACAAAACUAACGUAAUAAAUACCAGCACUACCGUUACGCCGCAACACACUAAUAAAUCAAUGGCUCAAUCUAUUUUCUCAUCCACCACAUUUUUUCCCUCUUCUUCCUUCCCUCAUCGGCGCCACCUUCUUCCGCCCAAUCUCCGAACAUCUUCUCCGAUUCGCAGAAUCACUUCCAUUGUCAAUGCCACCGUCUCUCCCAAUGUUGUUACUCCCGUUCAAUCUGUUACUCAGCUAAUCGAAUCGCUGAUUAAUGGCGUUGAUUUAUCGGAAGAUGAAGCUGAAUCAUGUGUUCAUUUACUCGUGAAUGAACCUGAUGAAGCUUUGAUUAGCGCUGUUCUUGUCCUUCUCAGAGCUAAAGGAGAAACUGUUGAAGAAGUUUCGGGGUUGGCAAAGGCUAUGAUGAGACAUGCUACCAAGGUUGAAGGUUUGGUUGAUGUGGUUGACAUUGUUGGUACUGGAGGGGAUGGUGCAAACACCGUUAAUAUUUCAACGGGGUCUUCCAUUCUUGCUGCUGCCUGUGGUGUAAAAGUCGCAAAGCAAGGAAGCCGUUCGAGUUCUUCUGCCUGUGGAAGUGCUGACGUGCUAGAAGAAUUGGGAGUUGUUAUUGACUUGGGUCCGGAGGGGGUUAAAAAGUGCGUGAAUGAAGUCGGAAUUGGAUUUAUGAUGUCACCAAAGUAUCACCCUGCAAUGAAGAUUGUUAGGCCUGUAAGAAAGAAGCUCAAAGUAAGAACUGUAUUCAAUAUAUUGGGUCCAAUGUUAAACCCAGCACAGGCGCCUUAUGCAGUUGUUGGUGUAUACACAGAAGACUUGGUCUUCAAAAUGGCCAAAGCACUUAAUAAAUUUGGCAUGAAAAGAGCUUUAGUUGUCCACUCUGAAGGUUUGGAUGAAAUUAGUCCUCUUGGACCUGGUUUGGUGCUCGAUGUUACUCCAGGAGGGAUUGAUAAAUUCUCAUUUGAUCCCUUGGAUUUUGGCAUUCCUCGGUGCAAUCUUGAAAGCUUAAAGGGCGGUGAUCCAAGAUACAAUGCAGAGGUUCUCAAACGUAUUCUGGGUGGAGAGAGAGGACCUAUUGCAGAUGCUUUUGUUCUCAAUGCUGCAGCAGCUCUCAUGGUAAGUGGCUUUGUGAGGAACCUAGCUGAAGGGGUGUCUUUGGCGCGUGAAACACAACAAUCAGGAAAAGCUCUCAAGACUCUCAACUUGUGGAAGGAUAUCUCAAAUAAAAUAAAAGAUGACGCAGCCAUAUAAAUAUUCCUGAAUCAUUUUAUGUGAACCAGGUUUAAGUUUUGUAAGCUGCAUUCAUACAGGAGGGAGUCUGAUACUGUACAUGUAUCGUCAAAUAGAUAUACAAAAGUAAUUUAAAUUAGUAUCAGCUGUAAGAGUAGCUAUCCUUCAGAUCUGUGCAAAAUGUAACAUUUCCCUCUAGUUUACUGGUGAAAUCGUUGUACGUAAUAAGAUUAGGGAAUGUUGUAACUGUGUUUCAUUCAAUUAUAGAUAAUAAAAAUGGUUUUUUCA